UGGAUAUGUUGGAUUCCUUAGAUGUGGUGAACAAAGAUGAUAUAAUAGAGUGGAUUUACUCCCUGCAGGUCCUUCCCACAGAAGACAAAGAGGAAAAUGAGAGACAGUGAUUAAGAGACCUGCCUGAGCAUUUUGGCGGCUGGUUUUGGUUGGGGCCGUCCCGCAUCUAAGGCAGGAAGAUGGUGGCCGCAAAGAAGACGAAAAAGUCGCUGGAGUCGAUCAACUCCAGGCUCCAGCUUGUUAUGAAAAGUGGAAAGUACGUGCUGGGGUACAAGCAGACUCUGAAAAUGAUCAGACAUGGCAGAGCGAAACUGGUCAUCCUCGCCAACAACUGCCCAGCCUUGAGGAAAUCUGAAAUAGAAUACUGUGCCAUGUUGGCCAAAACUGGUGCCCAUCCCUAUAGUGGCAAUAAUACUGAAUUGGGCACAGCGUGUGGGAAAUACUACAGAGUAUGCACACUGGCUAUCACUGAUCCAGGUGAUUCUGAUAUCACUCGAAGCAUGCCAGAACAGACUGGUGAAAAGUAAAUCACGCAAAAUUUUUCUUUAAUAAAACUGGCCACAGCUUGUUUAAAAAAAAAAAAAAGACCUGCCUG